UGUGAUUAAUCUGUCAAAAUGGCACGUCAGCAACAGGACGUUGAUGAAUUGUUCGAAAUUAAGAACUUUUUCUAUAUUGGAAAUUACCAGCAAUGUUUGAACGAAGCUCAGAAAUUGCGCAAGGUGUCCACUCCAGAAGUGGCUGUCGAAAGAGACAUCUUUACCUACAGGGCUUACAUGGCCCAAAAGAAGUUCCUCGUAAUUCUUGAUGAAAUCAAGCCUUCAUCUCAUGAGAAAAUUCAACCAUUGAAAAUGCUUGCUGAAUAUCUCCAUCAGAAGAACAGAAGAGAUGCAAUCAUUGCAGAUUUGGAUCAAAUGAUGUCUGGCAAUGUCAGUGUUGAUAAUGACACUCUUAUUAUUGUUGCUGCAACAAUUUACAUGAAUGAAAAGAACUAUGAAGCUGCAUACAGAGUUUUGCACACCAGUGAAUCUUUGGAGGCGAUGGCAUUGAUAUUAGAUAUAUUGCUGAAGAUUAAUAGACUUGAUCUUGCUAAGAAGAAGUUGAAGGAGAUGUUGGAGAAGGAUGAUGAUGCUACUUUAACUCAACUAGCACAAGCCUGGUGCAAUGUUGCAAUUGGAGGUGAAAAAACUCAGGAGGCCUUUUAUAUUUACCAAGAGAUGGUUGAUAAAUAUGGUUCUACACCUAUGCUACUUAAUGGACAAGCUGUAACUUUUAUUUCACAAGGAAAAUAUGAAGAAGCUUCUGUUGCUCUGCAUGAGGCUUUAGAUAAAGAUCCCAAUUACCCAGAUACUCUUAUUAACAUGAUUGUUUUGGCACAUUGCACAGGAAAGGAAGCUGAGGUUUCAAAUCGUUAUCUGUCCCAGUUGAAAGAGUCUCACAGUGAACAUCCCUACCUCAAAGAUUUGCAAACCAAGGAAAUGGAGUUUGAGAGACUGUGCACACAGUACACGUUUUCUAAACCAGCUUCUGUUCAGGGUUAACAUUCCUGUAAUUAAGUAUUGUAUUCAUUUUUUUUUGUAUAUUUUAAUGUAAUAAACCUUUAAUCAUUA